AUGGUUGCCAAUCUGGAUAACGAGAAAGAAGUUCUUCAAUUGAUAGAUAGUUUUUUCUUGAAAGCAACAUUGCUAAUAUGUUCUACAGAAUCGAGCCGAUACCAAUCUUCUACAGAGAAUAUACCUUUAUUUGACGAUACAUGGUUUGAAGAUCACACAGAAUUAGUGAGUGAGCUGCCCGAGAUAAUAUCGGAAUGGUCUGAUUAUGACGGUCAAACAAAUUUGCCACCCUUAGUGGUAGAGACAUACUUGGACUUAAGGCAGUUGAAUCCGUCUCAUUUAGUAAGGUUAAAAGACCAUGAAGGUCAUUUAUGGAAUGUUUGCAAGGGAACCAAGAAACAGGAAAUCGUAAUGGAACGGUGGCUUAUAGAAUUAGACAACUCUUCCCCAACUUUCAAGUCGCAUAGUGGAGAUGGGACAGAUGUUACUGAGCUUUCCAAACAGUUAGUUCUUCUUUUCCGUUAUUUGUUUACUUUAAUACAGUUAUUGCCCACGACAGAGUUGUAUCAGUCACUAAUCAAAACUUAUAGUGGUCCACAGAAUGAAAGUAUUGCCAACUCAAUAUCAGUAGCAGAUCCGGUAGUCAACAUUCGGACGCGUAUUCUUGACGGAUCCAAACCAAUUUUAUCAAAGGGAAGAAUAGGAUUAAGCAAACCGGUUAUUAACACUUACUCAAAUACACUAAAUGAAUCUAACCUACCUGCUCACUUAGAUCAGAAAAAAAUUACACCAGUGUGGACCAAAUUUGGGCUUUUGAGAGUGUCAGUAUCGUAUAGGCGUGAUUGGAAAUUUGAAAUUAGCAAUACAAACGACGAUUCAUUUUCAAACCGACAUGUAAUCCUUUCACGUAACUCACAACAACCACAACAGCAAUCGGAACAACCAAAACAGCAGUCACAACAAGAGCAGCUAGAACAAAACGAACAACAAACAGUAGAACAGAAUCAAGAGCAGGCACAACAGCAUGAUCAACAACAAAGACGGAUACCUGAGAGUAGAUCUCUCUCGCUUUCUCCAUGUACAAGAGCCAAUUCCUUUGAACCACAGUCUUGGCAGAAGAAAGUGUAUUCAAUAGCAAGGCCUGUUCAACCAUUUAAAGUCGGUUCUAUUGGAAGUCAAAGCACGAGCAGAAAUCCUUCUAAUUCAUCUAUUUUCAACCAGUUACCCAUCCAUAGACCGAGUAUAAGUUCCAAUUCUGGACCUCAAAUGAAUAUUGAGGGUACUAGCGUGGGAAGUACCUCAAAAUACUCUUCCUCAUUUGGGAAUAUCCGCCGUCACUCAAGCGUCAAAACGACAGAAAAUACAGAAAAAUUGUUAAGAGCUGUUAAGAGUCCAUUACAACUGCAAGAGUCGCAGGAUGACUUAAUGGAUUUUGUUAAAUUAUUGGAAGAAAAACCCGAUUUAACCAUCAAAAAGACUAAUGGUAGCAAUCAACCCAAUAUUAAUAUAUCUGAUUCGUUAAUUCGAUAUCAAAGCUUGAAACCGAGUAAUGAUCUAUUGAGUGAGGAUUUAACUGUAAGUUUAUCUAUGGAUCCAAACCAUACAUACCAUAGAGGUAGGUCAGACUCUCAUUCCCCCUUGCCUUCCAUAUCACCUUCGAUGCAUUACGGGUCAUUGAAUUCAAGAAUGUCUCAAGGUGCCACUGCCAACCAUUUAGUUGCGAGAGGUGGGGGAAAUUCUUCUACUAGUGCCUUCAAUAGUAGAAGGAACUCUUUAGAUAAGAAUGUGAACAGGCAAGGAAUGUCGGGGCUACCUCCUAUCUUUGGCGGUGAGAGUACUUCAUAUCAUCACGAAGAAGAAGAUGACGAGGACGACCAUUUGCUAAAUCAAAUGGGAAACAGUACCAUCAAGUUUAAAAGUUCAAUAUCUCCAAGAUCGAUAGACAGUAUUUCGAGUUCUUUCAUCAAAAGUAGGAUACCGAUCAGACAACCAUACUACUACUCUCAACCAACCACUGCACCCUUCCAAGCCCAAGCGAAGUUCCACAAGCCUGCGAAUAAAUUAACGGAUAAUGGCAAUAGAAGCAAUAGCAAUAACAACAAUCCUAAUGGGACUGAUGGAGGCAACACAAUGCAUAAUGAAGAUGAUGAUCAAGAUGAUGAUUUAGUAUUUUUCAUGAGUGAUAUGAAUCUUUCUAAAGAAAGUUGA